AACUUCAUUUAAGCUCACAUACGAAUUUGGCUCGUUUCCAACCACACACUCUCAAUUCACAUCUCCCUUUUCCAAACAUAAUUAUAUCUUCCAACAUGGCGCUAGUUUACGGUGUGGAAAAGAAGACGGUGCCCUCCUACAUGAAGUUCGUGAUGGGCGGAGCCUCUGGAAUGCUGGCCACCUGCAUUGUCCAGCCGCUGGACCUCCUCAAGACCCGAAUGCAGAUAUCCGGAACUCUGGGCACCCGCGAGUACAAGAACUCCUUUGAGGUUCUAUCAAGGGUUUUCAAAAAUGAGGGCAUGCUAUCCCUGUACAAUGGACUGAGUGCCGGACUGUUGAGACAGGCCACGUACACAACGGCUAAGAUGGGUGUGUACCAGAUGGAGUUGGAUUGGUAUCGCAAGAACUUCGGAAGUGAUCCAUCUAUGGUGGCCAGCAUGACCAUGGGCAUUGUGGCAGGAGCUUUUGGAGCCUUGUGUGGAAAUCCCGCGGAGGUGGCCCUGAUCCGGAUGAUGUCCGAUAACCGCCUAAUGCCGGAGGACAGGCGGAACUACAAGAAUGUGGGAGAUGCCUUUGUAAGAAUUGUGAAGAACGAGGGCGUGGUGGGUCUCUGGAGAGGAUGCUUGCCCACAGUGGGUCGUGCCAUGGUGGUGAAUAUGGUGCAGUUGGCCUCGUAUUCACUGAUGAAGGACCAAUUGCGUGGGUAUCUCCAGGAUGGGAUACCUCUGCACCUGACCGCCGCCCUGAUGUCCGGCUUGCUGACCACCAUGACCUCAAUGCCGCUGGACAUGGCCAAAACACGCAUCCAGCAGAUGAGAGUUAUCGAUGGCAAGCCGGAAUACAGUAGCACCAUCGAUGUGCUGAAAAAAGUGCUGAAGAAUGAGGGAGCCUUUGCCAUUUGGAAGGGAUUUACUCCGUAUCUAAUCCGCAUGGGUCCACACACAAUCCUUUCAUUCGUCUUCCUAGAGCAAAUGAACAAGGCCUACAGCAAGCAAGUGCUCGGUGACUCGCCAUCCGAUUCAGCAAAGAAAAUAUAGCAUAUCUCCUCCCAAGCAAAUGGAAAUUGAUCCGAUGUCUGUGUAAAGCGCGCUUGUUCUGUGAAGUAAACAUUCAUAUCUUAUAUAAAACAAA